AAUUCAAUUGACAUUGACAUAUUGCCAAAAUAAUGUCAAUUGUUGUGAAGUGUAAACAAAUUUAAUAACCGAUUUAUAUUUUGGAAUAUUAAUGUCCCAAUUAGCAAAAACAUAACCUCUGAAGUAGAGCUUUCUUUAUAAAGUUUAAAAUGCGACGAAGUUUGGCUCCUAGCCAAAUAGGUUCCGGAGACACUGUCUUCAAGAGCCCAUUAAUAAAUUCGAGUAACAGAAAAAAGAGGGAAUGUAAUGCAAGAAUACCACUUGCGCAGAAAUCUCUGUCUCAACUCUCCACAUCUGAGCACGAGAAUCUCAUUAAACAAAUUUUAAGUAAACCAUUUAAAGUUCCUCUUCCAAACUAUGUCUCGUCGUAUUGUAGCAAAAGUCUAGGAUUAAAAAGAACUCAAGUGCGCCGGCCUUUGCAUGAUCCCGAUGAGCCCAAUGCGCUUGUUUUAUAUCGCCCUCCAUACAUGCCGGAACAUGAAAAAAUGAAGAUGAAUGCAAACGAGAUAAAAGUAGCAGUUGUUGUUGAUCCAGUGCUUGGUAACAUACUGAGACCCCAUCAAAGGGAAGGAGUAAAGUUUAUGUAUGACUGUGUAACUGGAGCUCAGAUUGAUAAUGCAUAUGGAUGUAUCAUGGCAGAUGAAAUGGGGUUAGGAAAGACAUUGCAAUGUAUAACAUUGUUAUGGACUCUGUUACGACAAGGACCAGAUUGCAAGCCAACUAUAUGCAAAGCUAUAAUUGUUUGCCCCAGUAGCUUAGUGAAGAAUUGGUACAAUGAAAUAGGGAAGUGGCUUGGGCAAAGGAUUAAUGCAUUGCCUAUGGAUGGUGGUUCAAAAGCUGAAAUUACUUUGAAGCUUCAACAAUUUAUGAACACUUUUGCAGCUAUAAGAGUUGCUACACCAGUUCUCAUCAUAUCAUAUGAAACAUUUAGGAUAUAUUCUAAUAUCUUACAUGCAUCAGAAGUUGGUUUAGUGUUAUGUGAUGAGGGUCAUAGACUGAAGAACAGUGAGAAUCAGACAUACCAAGCUUUGAUGGGCUUAAAGGCUAAGAGAAGGAUCCUCAUUUCAGGAACCCCUAUCCAGAAUGAUUUGACAGAGUAUUUCAGCUUGGUACACUUUGUGAAUAGUGGCAUUCUUGGUACUGCUCAAGAUUUUAAGAAGAGGUAUGAGAAUCCAAUAUUAAAAGGACAAGAUGCAUUAGCUACACCACAAGAAAGGCAAAAGGCUCAGGAAUGUCUUCAAACACUGACAUCAAUAGUCAAUAAAUGUAUGAUACGAAGAACUAGUAGUCUGCUUACAAAAUACUUGCCGGUUAAGUUUGAACAAGUCAUCUGUGUGAAAAUGACACCUCUUCAAACACAGUUAUAUAGAAACUUCAUUAAUUCUGAUGCCAUUAAAAAUAAGUUUGCUGGAACAGGGGACAAGAAUACUUUGAGUGCCCUUUCAAGUAUUACCAUGCUGAAGAAAUUGUGUAAUCACCCAGAUUUAGUCUACGAUAAAAUCAUGGAAAGAUCUGAAGGUUUUGAAAAAGGGAAAGACUUGUUACCAAGCAAUUACGACAUAAAGGACGUAAGGCCAGAGUAUUCUGGAAAACUAAUGAUAUUGGAUUGUAUUUUGGCUAAUUUAAAAACUAAUACCGAUGACAAAAUUGUUCUUGUAUCAAACUACACACAGACUCUUGAUCUUUUUGAGAAAUUGUGCCGUAAACGCUGUUAUCAAUAUGUGCGUUUGGAUGGCUCUAUGACUAUAAAGAAAAGAGCUAAAGUUGUCGAAAGCUUUAACAGUAAGGAGUCGAAGGAGUGGAUAUUCAUGUUAAGUUCUAAAGCUGGUGGCUGUGGAUUGAAUCUUAUUGGCGCGAAUCGACUUAUUAUGUUUGACCCAGAUUGGAAUCCCGCUAAUGACGACCAGGCCAUGGCAAGAGUAUGGCGAGAUGGUCAAAAGAAACCGUGCUACAUCUACCGUUUGUUAGCCACAGGGACAAUAGAAGAGAAAAUAUUUCAACGUCAAGCACAUAAAAAAGCUCUUAGCGAUACUGUCGUGGACCAAAAUGAGGACUCCAUGCGACAUUUUACAUCUGAUGAUUUGAAAGACUUGUUCCGGUUAGAAGAUAACACACUUUCAGAUACUCACAGCAAAUUUAAGUGUAAGCGAUGUGUUAACAAUAUUCAAGUCACUUUGCCUCCUGAAAAUUCGGACUGCACAUCAGAUCUAUCUAACUGGUAUCACUGUGCAGAUAAAAAGAAUUUAGCUGAUCUAGUAUUAAAACAAUGCUGGGAUCUCGCUAAAAGUAUUUCUUUCGUUUUCCACCAUCGAUCUGCACAAACAGAAGCAGAAAUGGGCAAAGAAGAGAAUAAGGAAAAUGUCCAACAAUGUAAAAGAAGGAAAAUUGAUAUUGAUGAGGAUUACUCUGAACCUGAUGACAGUGCUGAUGAAGAUUAUCAUUAAAAUAAGAAAUGAUACAAAAUAAUCAAGCUUUGUGUAGUAUUUUGUAAAUAAGUUAAAAGUAUAAAAUUAUGUUCAUUUACACUGAAAUUAUGUGAUCUUGGCUUUAAAUUCUUUUUAUAUCAAAUUAUAUGAUUAUGUAUCUACGUAUUUUCUUCCUAAGUGAAAAUAAAAAGACAAAUUGAUCUGAUACCCAUUUAAUGUUAAUGUCAAAAAAUAUAACUGUUUAGUAUUUAUCAAUAACAAAUACAUGAAUUUUAUUCACAAAUAUUAAUAGUUUUCUAGUGAUAAAAAUAUUCUACGAAUAAUAUUAUUCUCAAACAUAUUCAUAUUUUUCAUGUAUUUCAUACAUAAUAAUUAACAAUCAUAAAAUAUUUUUAUUAAAUAAAAUUAUUAAAAUCCUACCUCCUAAAUAAACAAAAUAUAUAAAAACAACCAAAUUAUUUAUAAUUUUUUUUAAAUUUAAAUCUCUUAUCCAUAAAAUAUAGUUUUAAUUUAAAGAGGGAUAAUUGUAUAUAUAAAAAAAAAAAAAUCUACCCUGAGUAAAAUAACAUGAAGAUGAAUCCAACAUUUCGUUUCUUACAUACUAAUUAAGAACUCAUUUUAAUUAUUUAACUGGAACAACUCAACUUAAGGCCAAAGGACCAGCUCGGUGGUUGUGACGAGUAUCCCAAUUUUUCAGCUUCUUCAUUCACUUCAUA